GCCGGGAGAAUACACCGAUUUAUACCAAGCCACGUAGAACAUCUAAUUCAGAAGUUGGAGAGUUUCUCUCUUUUUUUAUUUCUUCUCUCAGCUUGCUCUGAGGUUGAAACAAUCGAUCAGAAGCAUGCAGUCAGUAGAAAAUUUUGUUACACAAAUCCAAGGGCUAUCGAGCAGCGCUGCUGAUAUCGCAGCCCUUAACAAUUACUUGAAAGCUGCCGAGGAUUCGUUCCGCUCUGAUUCCUCUCGACUGUUGUUGUUUCUCGACCAGCUUGACCCCUCCAAACACUCCCUCGGUUACCUUUAUUUCCUGGAACCGUGCGUGUAUGGUUCGAUAACAAAGGAGCGAGCCAGUACACUGGUUCCCAUCAUUGCCAGGUUUAUUACUUCUUGUGCUCCAGAGCAGAUUCGUUUGGCAUCUGACAAGUUUAUAACUGUUUGUAAGAGGUUUAAGGAUAUGGUGAUGUUGCUUGAAGCACCCAUCAGAGGGGUUGGGCCAAUGCUGAGCGCUAUCCGCAAGAUUCAGCCUUCCACCGAGCAUUUGACUACACUACAUCCGGAGUUUCUGCAACUUUGUUUAUUAUCAAAGUGUUAUAAAACUGGUCUUUCAGUUCUAGAGGAUGAUAUUUAUGAGAUUAAUCUGCCAAGGGAUUUUUUUCUCUAUUGUUACUAUGGUGGGAUGAUACUCAUUGGACAAAAGCGUUUUCGGAAAGCUUUGGAGCUUCUACACAAUGUUGUGACUGCUCCUAUGUCUUCAAUCAAUGCUAUAGCUGUGGAAGCGUACAAAAAAUAUAUAUUGGUUUCCCUCGUGCACCAUGGACAAUUUUCUACCAACCUCCCUAAGUACACUUCUUCAGCAGCUCAGAGGAAUCUAAAGAACUUCUGUCAGACCUACAUUGAAUUAGCGAAUACUUACAACACUGGCAAAGUGUCAGAACUGGAGACAUUUGUUCAGACAAAUAGGGAGAGAUUUGAAAGUGACAACAAUCUUGGACUAGUGAGGCAGGUUGUAUCAUCCAUGUAUAAGCGUAAUAUCCAGCGAUUGACACAGACGUAUUUGACUCUCUCCCUUCAAGAUAUAGCCAACACAGUACAACUUAACAGCCCUAAGGAGGCAGAAAUGCAUGUGCUUCAAAUGAUACAAGAUGGGGAGAUAUAUGCAACAAUAAACCAGAAGGAUGGAAUGGUUAGGUUUUUGGAGGAUCCUGAACAAUAUAAAACGUGUGAGAUGAUAGAGCAUAUUGACUCUUCAAUCCAUAGGAUAAUGGCCUUGUCAAAGAAACUCACUGCUAUGGAUGAACUUCUAUCAUGUGAUCCUUUGUACCUUGCAAAGGCUGGGAGGGAGAGACAGAGAUUUGACUUUGAUGACUUUGAUACCGUUCCUCAGAAGUUCAAUAUUUAAGACUUGAGGACUCCUGGCAUCUGGACUAAGUAAGAGAUGAUGAGCAUGAUAUUAGACUUUUUUCAUUUGUUCUAUUGAUUUUUUGUUUCAAUCGGCUCCAUCUAGUUCUAAGUAUGGAAGACUUCCAUUUUGUUCCUAAAUGAGCUGUUGAUAUAAGAAAGCCACUAGUUGUGAGCAUGUUUACUUA